AUGGCAGCUCCAAUGAGCAGCAGCCGUGAUGACAGAUCAAGGAGGGGCUAUGAGGUGUUCCUCAACUUCAGAGGGCCUGACACCCGCUUAACCAUCAUUGAUUCUCUCUACAAUGACAUGAUCCGCGCGGGGAUCUGCACUUUCAAAGACAAUGAAGAGCUUCGAUUUGGUGAAGAGAUUGAAGGCAGCCUCUUGCAAGCGAUCAAUGAAUCCAGAAUUUACAUCCCAAUUUUCUCCAAAAACUACGCUUCAAGUAAGUGGUGUCUCCAUGAGCUGGCACGCAUAGUGGAGUUAUCGAAAGAUAAUGAUGAGAAAGUGAUUCUCCCUAUCUUCUAUGAUGUGGAUGUGGAUGAUGUCAAGCUUAAGACUAAUUUAUAUUGGAAAGCCCUCCAAAAGCACAAGAGUGACUCAGAGAAUGAUUUAGUAAAGAAGUGGAAGAAGGCUUUGAAAGCGGUUGCCAGAAUUAAAGGAAGGAAUCUAAAAGAUCAUGGGAUCGAGAUGGAUGAAAUUAUGGAGCAGUUAGAUCUAGUAGCAUUUGAUGUGAGAUUCAUCGCGAUUCAUGGUAUGGGUGGUAUUGGAAAGACAACAUUGGCCAAGGCUGUCUUUAGGCAAAUCUCCCCUCAGUUUUCAGGGGCUCACUUGAUCAAGACGAGGCUCCAUGGGAAGAAAGUCCUCAUUGUUCUUGAUGACAUUGACAACCGAGAUCAAAUCAUGAGACUUGUUGGUUCCACACUCCGUGGAAAAUGCCAAAGUACAUGGAAAAAUGUUCUAUCUAAGUUAAAGAAGGUGAUGAACGAGGAUGUCAAGAAGAAGUUGAUGAUAAGCUAUGAAGCAUUGGACCCUAAUCAGCAACAAAUAUAUCUUGAUAUUGCAUGUUUCUUCAUUAAUCAGGAGAAAACAACUGCAAUUAAAUAUUGGGAUGCGGUUUUUGGGUAUCCCACCGAAAUCGAAGUCAAUAUCCUCACACGUAUGUCUCUGAUAAAGAUCAUAGACUACGAUGAAUUGUGGAUGCAUGACCAACUUAGAGACCUCGGGCGAGAUAUUGUCCACGGGAAAGUUGCAACAUACGUUUAA